GAAAUAAUGCCUAUUGUCAAUGUUAAAUGGCAAAAGGAGAAAUAUGUUGUGGAAGUCGACACCUCAGCACCUCCGAUGGUGUUCAAAGCGCAACUUUUCGCUUUAACACAGGUGGUACCUGAACGGCAGAAGGUAGUGAUUAUGGGACGCACACUGGGCGAUGAUGACUGGGAAGGAAUCACUAUCAAGGAGAAUAUGACGAUUAUGAUGAUGGGAUCUGUUGGUGAAAUUCCGAAGCCUCCCACUGUGCUCGAAAAGAAACAAGCAAACCGGGAUAAACAAGCCGAAGAGAUUUCAGCGCUCUAUCCAUGUGGGCUCGCUAAUCUCGGAAACACGUGUUAUUUCAACUCGUGUGUGCAAAUGCUCAAAGAAGUCAACGAGCUGGUUCUGAAGCCUGCCGAGGAGAUGAGAAUCCGUGAGCAUAAUGAUCGUCUGUGCCAUAAUCUUGCUACACUCUUCAAUAGUCUUCGCGAUAAGGAUAGAGCUCUUCGCAGCAAGGGAGAGCCGAUCAAGCCGUUCGCAGCGAUUCUUACUCUCUCCGACAGUUUUCCUCAAUUCGAAAAGUUCAAACAACAGGAUGCCAACGAAUGUCUCGUAUCGAUCAUGAGCAACGUCACGAGAAUUUAUGGAUUGUCCGGGUGGAAUAUUGAAUCACUUUUCCGAAUCCAGACAGAGACCACGAUGAAGUGUCUGGAAAGUGACGAAGUUUCUGAGAAAAAAGUGGAGCGGAACAAUCAGUUGACUUGCUAUGUGAAUCAAGACGUUCGAUUUUUGCAAACUGGAAUUAAAGCUGGAUUUGAAGAGGAAAUGACGAGAAAUAGUGAAGAACUUAAUAGAGAUGCGAAAUGGCAGAAAAAUACUCAAAUCUCGCGUCUUCCAAAAUACCUCACUGUGAAUAUCAAUCGAUUCUUCUACAAGGAAAGCACCAAGACCAACGCGAAAAUUCUGAAAUCCGUCCAAUUCCCCAUGCAAUUAGACACCUAUGACUUGUGCAGUCAGGAACUCAAGGAUAAACUUGUUGCUCGACGAGCUGAUAUCAAAUUGGAGGAGGAUGCGAAGCUGGAGCGAGAGCUGAGGAAGAAGGUGUUGGACAAAGAGCAAGGCGAUAAGAUUUUCGAUGAUGGAGUUGCUCUGCCUACCGCUUUCGAAGAUGAUGCAGGAUCGAACAACUCUGGAUUUUAUGAUCUCAAGGGAAUCAUCACCCACAAAGGCCGAUCCUCUCAAGAUGGUCACUACGUCGCCUGGAUGCGAUCAUCUGAAGACGGCAAGUGGCGUCUUUUUGACGAUGAGCAUGUCACUGUUGUCGACGAGGAAGCCAUUCUGAAAACGUCUGGAGGUGGUGAUUGGCACAGUGCCUACGUUCUUCUCUACGAGGCCCGUGUCAUCAAGCAAUUCCCUGAACUUCCACCAGCACCAGUACCGACUGAAGUUGCCGCUGAUACUGCUGAGCCAAUGGAAGUAUCGGAGAAGCAAUAAGACUCAUAUUGUGCCUCAUUUUUUCCGGUUAUUCUCCGAAUUUUCCCUUUUCGAAAAAUUAUUUAUUCCUGUUUUCAGUAAUUUUAUCCUAAUUUUCAGACCCAAUUCAAGUUAUUUGUAUACCUUCCCCGUUCUUUUUUCUUCGUUCCACUGGAAAAUGUCUGUAUUUGAUCGAAUGUGAUUAUUAUUGAUAAGUAAAUCAUCAUCACGCCC